ACACAUAAUUAACAGAACUAAAAUAUAAUACACGUGCUGCAUAUUUUUGAGGGUAUAACUGCAUAAUUUUUGACAGGAACUAUAUUUGGCGGCUGUACUUCCGUUGGAGCGUUCAGUGGCUUUUGACAACUGUUCUUUUGAUCGGCACAUGUUGUCAAAACUGCUUUGGCAAUUUUAUUGUUUAAUUGACAGCUGCAAGGGUAUAUUUCUUAUUUUAGAAUUUGGCAUUAGACAGUGCACAAGAUGGAUGCCGCUGGUGAUGGCAAUCCACGUGUCAUGUGGGAACCGAACAAAAAUCGACUCACGAAAAUGGAUCGUCUGAAGGAAAGAAUCAAUGAACAGUUUGGAGUGAAGUUGGAAACAUAUCAGCAGUUCCACAGGUGGUCUUGUGAUCACUAUGCAGAUUUUUGGGAACAAACUUGGAAGUUUACAAAAAUCGUACAUUCCAAACCACAUGAGGAAGUUAUUGAUAAAACUAAGGGUAUUGCUGAUAUUCCUGAGUGGUUUCAUGGGGCUAGACUCAAUUUUGCUGAGAAUUUACUGAGAUACAGGGAUGAUAGAAUAGCUAUAUAUUCCACAGGAGAGGGCAGGACCGAAAUUAUGAAGAAAACCUUCUCACAGUUAUACCAGUCCGUUGCACGGUUUGCGUCUGCCAUGAAAAAAAUGGGUAUUGUCAAGGGAGACAGAGUUGUAGGCUAUAUCCCGAACUGUGUGGAAGCAGUGGAAGCGAUGCUAGCUGCAACCAGUAUUGGUGCAAUAUGGAGCUCAACGUCUCCAGACUUCGGAGUAGUGGGUGUUUUAGAGAGAUUUAGCCAGAUUCGACCCAAGCUAAUUUUCAGUGUGAAUGCUGUCCACUACAAUGGGAAGAUUCACAACCAUACAGAGAAGCUCACCAAAGUCGUUCGAGGUCUGCCUGAUUUACAAAAGUGUGUUGUAAUUCCAUUUGUUGAAGAGGUCCCAGUCGACCUUUCCAAUAUUUCAAAUGGGUGUAAAAUGGAGGAAUUCCUGCAAGAUGGUGAUGAGGUGUCAGAAAUAGAGUUUGAGCAAGUUCCAUUCAACCAUCCUCUGUACAUCAUGUAUUCAUCCGGCACCACUGGGAUACCCAAGUGUAUGGUCCAUUCUGUCGGGGGGACAUUACUCAAACACCUUGAAGAGCACGUUAUACAGGGUGACCUUGACUGUGAUGAUAUCAUGCUGUAUUACACAACAACUGGUUGGAUGAUGUGGAAUUGGAUGGUGUCAGUACUGGCGGUUGGUGCUUCGAUUGUACUGUACGACGGCUCACCGCUGGUACCUCACCCUGACAUUUUGUGGAACCUUAUUGAUAAAAUCGGAAUCACUGUGUUGGGAACUGGUGCGAAAUGGCUGGCUGUUCUUGAGGACAAGGAAGUUAAACCAGCUCAGUCUCACAAGUUGGAUACACUCAAGAUGAUAUUGUCGACUGGUUCUCCGUUGAAGCCACUCUCGUAUGACUAUGUUUACCGUGACAUCAAGAAAGAUCUUCUUCUUGCAUCAAUAACAGGUGGGACAGACAUCAUUGCUUGUUUCAUGGGUCAGACGUGGACACUUCCGGUGUAUCGCAGUGAAAUACAGUGCAGCAUUCUUGGUUGUAAUAUGCAGGCGUGGAAUGAAGAGGGUAAACCUGUGUACAACACGAGUGGCGAACUGGUUUGUCUCACUCCAUUCCCAUCCAUGCCAGUCUUUUUCUGGGAUGACCCCGAAGGAGUCAAGUACAAGCAAGCUUACUUUAACAAAUUCCCAGGUGUGUGGGCUCAUGGGGACUUCUGUAUCUUCAAUGAGUUAACGGGCGGAGUCGUAAUGCUCGGUCGGAGCGAUGGCACUUUAAAUCCCAAUGGCGUGAGGUUUGGCAGUGCCGAGAUUUAUAAUAUAGUUGAGUCGUUCAAAGAGAUCCAGGACAGCGUGUGUGUGGCCCAGCGGAGCUCUGACAACAUGGAGGAGCGGGUCAUACUCUUUCUCAAGAUGGCGCCCGGCAGUGAGUUCAGUCAGGAUCUCGUGACCAGCCUCAAGGCGAGCAUUCGCAUGAGUCUCUCUGCCAGACACGUCCCAGCUGUGUUUCUGCCAAUCACUGGUAUUCCUCAUACAAUCAGUGGCAAGAAAGUGGAGGUUGCAGUGAAGCUGGCAAUAGCAGGGAAGGACGUCCCACAGAGAGGGGCGCUGUCAAACCCUGACUCCGUCGACCUGUAUUACAACAUCAAAUCACUGAAUGGAUAUUAACUCCCAUGACAGUAUCAUCAGCCUACUUAAUAUUAGUGGUAAACUGUGUGUCAUCACAUAUAACAUGACAUAAUGUGCUUUUAUUUUUCUCUAAUAUUUAUAGCGUUAUGAUCGACAUAAUAUUACAUUUCUUAAUGAUAUCUGAAGUGUUAUUUUCAAUACAAUAUUAUAUUUCUUAAUGAUAUAAUAUACAGUUGGAAAGAUGAUUGAUGAAAAUAACUGUUAAGUUGAUGAAUUCUUUAUCGGGAGUAUUUGUUAACCGGUGAAUGUAGAUUUAGUGGAGAACAAGAAAUAUAUAAUUGGGUGUUGUGGUUUUUAAAAUGGUAAUAAAUGUGUUGUAAAGUUUUAUUUGCAACUAUGGCAGUCCUUGUAAGGACAUACAUAGGAGGUAUGUGGUAUAUCGCUAGACAGAUUUGCUAAUUUCUGCUCAGUAUUCAUAUUUGAGAAUUUACAUGUGAAGUCUUAGUAACUUCAAACUGCUUAUAGCCAUUUUCCUUUGUUUGAUUAUUUUCAACUACUGGUAACAUGCUCAAAUGAUCACCAAGUAUUAAUGAUGACGAACAAUUAUACUGGGCAUUUUUUAUUUAAAAAAAUUAUAUUUUAAUUCUCUAUCCCUAUUGUUUAGUUUUAAGAGUUUAAAGAUUGUUGAAUUUUUGUUAUUUCACAUGGCAUGUGUUUGGGUUUUUUUUAUCUAGUUUAGGACACUUUUAGUUACAAAGUAUUUAUUAUGAUCUUGUUGAAACUGUUACUAUAGCUGCUGUUCUAUUGUUACUGAUUUUGAAUACAUUUUAUGACUCACAUGAUGUAUUUUAUUACCCCAGCAGUCAUUCAUAAUGGGGAAAAUAUUUUAAAUAUUUUCUCAGUGAGAAGUAUUGUGCACUGGUGUAACAUACAAAAUCUAUUGGAUGAUUGCCGCUUACAAACCAAUGACUGCAAACCAAUGACUGCAAACCAAUGACUGCGUCAGCACUGAAUAUGACGUUACUAUUUGGCAAAAUGAUGUCAUGUAAUCAAAAGAGUUUGCUUUUAUGGCUUUCUGUUUUCAGUGUUAAAGUUUUGAUUUUUGAAAAUGAUCUGUGAACAUGAUUAAAAUACAAAGUUGUAGCAACACUCAGAACAGUGCAUAAAGCUAAAGCUUGUGACAAGUGAAAAUUAUUUCACUCAGAAGAUAAAUUUGAUAACUGGUAAUUUGUUUAUUAUCCUCUACCUAUGCAAGUAAGAGAGAAAAAUGAACUAUAGUCAGCAUGUACCAGUACACUCAAUAAGCAGCCUACCUGUAAAGUGUGUUUAGUCAUGUUACUUUAUUAAAAUCCUCUACAUAUGCAUUUUGUAAACACAACCAGAAAUACUGGGGGAAAAGGAACAAAAACAGAACAAACAUUUUAUAUAUAAAAAAAACCCCAAACUGGAUACUUUUUGUAAAACAUAGGUGGAAACUAACUUCAUUUACAAUUAUUCUAGAGUAAUGUUUUUAAAUUGUAUACUGCCCUAAUGAUAUUCAAGAAUCAAUGUUUUUUGUUAUUUUUAAAUUUUGUAUAAAAAUAACAAACAAGGACUUUCUUUUAUAAGAAUUUCUUUUAUAAAAUGUUUCGAAUAGUUUGUCCUUCUGAUCUAAAAAGCUAUAUUUUAUCCAUUUUCACCUUGCUUUAUUUGAUUUUGUUUUCCUGUUUUCCAAAUUGUCCAUUUGGAUUGGUUGCAUCAUUGAUUUUACCUCAGAGGGUAUUAUUUACAACAGUAUUUAGAUGGUACCAAAGAUGAGUUGACAUGUGUGUCAUUUUUCAAUUAAUGUGGUAAUAAACAGUCGUGACAGACACACAUUAUUAGUAGUAGUAUUAGACCAGUAUGCAUUUACAUAAUUCUGUUCAGUACCUAUAGCUUUAAAACCCAUCAUCAGGUUACAGUGAUCCUGUGAACAUGCUGUAAACACUGUUAUUAUUGUUGAAAGUCUUUGAAUCCACCAUUGUUUUUAACACUGUUUCGUUUAUUGUCAAGUAGAUAAACCAUUGUUCUUGAUAUCUUGGUAACAGCAUAUCAUUUGUUACUGAAAAGGUAUAUGUUGACUCAUUCCUGUUACAUGGAAUAAACCACUUGUUAUUUCCAUUUAUUGUUUAUGGGUAUUGUUAACUAUUAAGGGUAUUAGUUAACUGUUAGGGCAGUCAAUAUUGAUAUCUUCUUUCAUUGUUGAAAGUACCAACCGUUACUGUGAAUAACCAUUGUCGUUAAUAAUGUAUAAUUUGACUUUUAAGAAGGGUAUUUAGUACCUAUUACAGUGAAUAAACUACAAUCCUUGAAGAA